CGUCUCACUACCUGCCCCCUGGAUCCUGUCCCCUCACAACUACUACGGUCACCGUCUUCUUCCAUCCUAUGCUCCCUCACAUCUUCAUCUUCAAUCUUUCCUUCUCUACUGCAUGCGCACAUCACUCCCAUACUUAAAAAGCCCUCCCUGGACCCCACCAACCAAUUCCGUACCAUCCCAUCCUAUGGCCACUAUUCCGUACUCAUCCCAUCCUAUGGCCGCUACUCCGUACUCAUCCCAACCAAUGGCCGCUACUCCGUACUCAUCCCAACCAAUGGCCGCUACUCCGUACUCAUCCCAACCAAUGGCCGCUACUCCGUACUCAUCCCAACCAAUGGCCGCUACUCCGUACUCAUCCCAACCAAUGGCCGCUACUCCGUACUCAUCCCAACCAAUGGCCGCUACUCCCACUCAUCCCAACCAAUGGCCGCUACUCCGCACUCAUCCCAACCAAUGGCCGCUACUCCGCACUCAUCCCAA